AUGGUGAAGAGAGGGGAUCGCCACAACAAUGGUCUAGUAGAGAAGAGAGGGGGAAGAGGAACGGAGGUAGUCUUCCAGUCUCCUUCACUCUUCCGACCGGACCUGACGGAUAUCUGCGCUAGAGGGCUGCCAUCAGACGCGACGGUGACGGCCAGGAUGGUGUCUAAAGAUGACGUCAUAACUAUAAGGAGCUGGCUCUCCAAGCAAACUCACUUGCCACAAACAAUAGACGAUGGGCUACUACGAAGGUUUGUGCACUGUUGUGACGGAAGUCUCGAACGCACCAAGACUGCUUUGGAGUUGUUCUUCUGUCUCAGAGCAGAUGCGCCGGAGUUCUUCAAGGACAGGGAUCCCGCAAUGCCUAGGGUCCAGAACGUCUUCAACCUCAUAGAUCUCCUGCCGCUGCCUAAAGUGACCCCGGAGGGUUACCGCUGUUUUCUCUACCGUUUGGCUGAUCCGGACCCUGACAAAUUCCACUUCGUGGACUACGUCAAAACUUUUUUCAUGGUAGGAGACACGCGCAUACGCUCAGAGACUGAACUGGUGGCAGGAGAAGUUCCUAUCUUCGAUAUGACGGGGUACACACUCAGACACCUCACCAGGUUACCGUUGCCUGCGCUGAGGAAGUACAUGCAGUAUACACAGGAGGCUCACCCAGUGAAGUUGAGACAGAUCCACAUCAUCAACGCCGUUCCCUUGCUGGACAAGGUCCUCACUUUCAUCCGACCCUUCAUGAAGAGUGAGGUGGCCGCCAUGAUUCACGUACAUCCCGUGGGCUCUGAUAGUUUGUACAAGUUCGUUCCGAGAGAGAUACUGCCCGACGAGUACGGCGGAAUAGCUGGUCCUGCCAAGGAAAUAAAAGAGCGAUGGAAGAAGAAAGUGGAAGCAGAAAGAGACUGGUUUGCAUUGAACGAGUGGAUGGCAGACGAAAGUAAAAGGGUUGGCAAGAGGAAUGCAGAUCUUCGCCCGCCAAUGGAAGGUUCCUUUCGGUCUCUGUCCAUCGAUUGACUCUGUUAGAAGCCUUGUGUGAACUCUAUGUCUGAGACUGAUUAAAAUUGGUCUCAUUGUAAAUAAUAUUUGCUGAUAUACUCGUU